AAGAGAUUAGAGUUUUCUGCCUGUGUUUGUUUUACUUGACUUGCCGGAACUAAUAAUUGAUCUGGGCUGUCUUUUGCAACGGCUUUUCCUUGACAUCUCCGAACACACAAAACCCCCACUGACCCCUCGCCAUCCUCACCAAAUCCUCUUUAAUGGUCUAGAUCUACACUCUCCCCAGUGGCAAUCCGGACCCUGAAAAGAACGUAACUAUCUAUGGCUAGCUAAGGUUCAUUACUUGCCUUCAGAAAGGAUGAGUCCUCAGAGUUGACGUUGCAUGUCAUACACGGCCCCACUCGGCCCCAUUGCUGCGAGAACGCCGUGCUUGGCAUCUUCCACGCCGGCUUGGUGUUGACAUCGGCGCCGGUUUGGCAACCCUGUACUGAGGGCCGUUGAGAUGCGACCAUGUUACUUCAACUUGACACAAGGCCAAACUUCAAUGGGAAAGACUAAUUUUAUCUGUGCCACGCCUCUAUUGAGGCUCAAUUGACGCCACACAUUGCAAGUAAUGAGUUGGGGGUUAAUGCUCAAGCAAACAAUCUAGCCAGCACGGAAAACUUACGCAAGCUUUCUACCCAUCAUGACAAAACUCACAAGCAAACUACCUCCCAGAACAAUAUCACCCCAAAGAUUCGGAUACAGUUGAGCGUCGGGGGAGCUCUUGGUGCGGCUGGGCAUGGUGACCCGAUCGUGAUAGGCCUACGGCGAAACCCAUUCAGAGCUUCGUCCAUCCUUUAAGCAAAGGACUCUAGCAUUUGGUUAACUGGUAUUGUUUAGUUUGGGGUCAGAGCUUUGGAAAGAUGCGAUAUUAGUCAGUAUUGUAGACUAUCUGAUCUUUGGUGAGCUUACAGGAAAAAGUUGAGAGGCUGCCAUGAUGCUAUUCCUCACUUCCAACUUCAUAUGCAAGACUAACCUGGAUACAAGGACAGUAGCAGACGCUAUUACUGAGAAGAGUUAGCAGGCUCUACCGGAUGCCAAGAUACAAUCGUUCAUUUAACCACCCAGGUCGCAGGCACCAUGGCACCCCAAACUUCCAGGGGCAGUCCAUUCCCGACACCGUCGACAGAGGCAGAGCACAACCCACAACGUUACUUGGCCUUAGGUUUGGUCAUCUCUGGUCAACGACACCUUCGGAGUCUUUAGCCUCAUCAUCAGCUUCACUUACUUACGCACUGAUGUGUGAACUCCAGCGGACCUCCGGCCUUACCUGUGUUAGUAUUUAGAUGAUGAUUUCUUCUUCAACCACCUACAAGUCCCUCUGAGCCAUCUUUACGGUACGGCAGUUGGCAAAGAUCGAACCUCUAUGGGUCUGUUUCAUGAUAAACGAGAAGACGGCGAAAUCAUCGUACCAGCAUCUUGCUUUGAUGUGUGUGGCGCCGCUCGUACCGAGGCCCAACGCACUGGGACCAAGCCAGAACUUUGCACGGCAGGUUCGGCAUUCCGAGACUUAUAUGAAGCCUGCAGGCUUUGCGUUGUGUAUUUCCAAGGAAAAUCACAGCCAGACACGAUCAUCCUACCCAAAUUCCAGCACUACAUCGACUGUUGCACAGCACUUGUCGGUCUUCCUCCACUCCCCCCUUCCCCUUCGAUAAACACCAGCUCUACCACAACCAGACCAUCGCCAGCAACGACUUACCUAGAACAUUCACCUACAACUUUGGCUGUCAUGACAUCCACAAGCACGCUUCCACAGACGACAUCCCAAGAUUCUGAACCCUCCGACAUAAGCCAACCCAUUUCUAUCCCAACUCCCAUCACCACAACAUCCUGUCUGUCUCCCACCUUAAGUCUGCCAACGACUCCAAUAACAACAAAUAUACCAACCCCCGAAAACAACACUCCCAUCAGCAACAACAACAACAACAACAACACCACCACAAUAAGCACAAUAAUUAGCAUAAUAGUCGGCGUCCUACUCUUGUUCUUACUGGGGAUGGCAUACUGGAGUCAAAAGGACAGCACUACUCAAUCCCCCUUGGCUCGCUUCAAGAGAUGGGGCGAACACCAUGGUUAUGACGAACUGGACGUGCCGAGGGUGUGGUAUGAGCUCGAUGCACGCUCACUGAGGAGCUUGAAUAGGAGCUUGAAGUGGGCGAUGAGCGGUGCGAGGUCACCACGGGGUAAUGGUGGUCAAAAUGGGGGCGAUAUAGCAACAGAGGUUGGCGUUAGAGAAGGGGUGGAAGAAGGGAGAUGCCGUAUUUUUUGCUGGACAUGUCAUAUGCGUUGA